AUGCCCCAACAAGAACAGGAACAGAAAAGUAGUCUCACAAAGGAGGUUGAAUCCAAUUAUGGGGCAUUAUAUCUGGAUAGGAAACAUUCCAUACACAACUACAGAGGAAGAGCUGCGGUGGGAUGCAUUAUGACGCAUUUAUCGAAUGGUUUUAUUCUCUUAGGGAAAUUAUGUCAACCGUUGCUCCUGAUUCGAUACGAUAAAGAUACCGGACAGUCAAAGGGUUUCGCAUUUUGUGAAUAUGAGGAUGCUGAAAGCUGUUCCCUCGCUGUCAAGCACCUCCAUGGAACUGUUGUUGGAGGUAUUCAUUGA